AUGUCUGUGUCAUCAAACCUUGAUCUAGCAACGGCAGCUUUCUCAGCAUUGUUCGGUAUUACGUCGAAAAACCUCUCCGCGCCACCAGUGAUCGUGGAUGUGCUCACACUAUAUCCAUGUAUCGUUCCAACAAGCUCUACUAUUGGAAAAUUGCACGUGAUAAGCCAGACAGGCAAAAAAAUAACUGUGGAUGCCAACUCCUCUGAUACAGUCGAAGAUGUAAAAAAAAAAAUUCAAGAUAAAGAAGGAAUUCCACUCGAUCAACAAAGACUAAUUUUUGCUGGUAAACAGCUUAAAGAUGGACGUACAUUGGAAGAUUAUGAUAUACAAGAUGAAUCAAACGUCCAUCUCAUACUUAGACUUCGUGGAGGCAUGCAAAUUUUUGUCAAAACUCUCACUGGGAAAAUUAUCACAUUGGAAGUGGAACCGAGUGAUACCAUUGAAAAUGUUAAAGCAAAAAUUCAAGAUAAAACAGGCAUUCCACCCGAUCAACAACGACUAAUUUUUGCUGGUAAACAGCUUGAAGAUGAACGUACAUUGGAAUAUUAUAAUGUUCAAAAGGAAUCAACACUCCAUCUCGUACUUAGAAUCCAAUCCGAAAAAAAGAAAACUAUGCGAACUGUUGUAAUUCAGUGCCCAUCAGGCAAGGAAGAAAAAAUUAAGUGCGCUUCGAAUAUAUCUAUUCUCGAGUUGAAAAAAGAGAUUGAACAAGUAAUGGGUAUUCCAAUCAGAGAACAGUGCCUUGUGGAGUGUAAAGAUGAAUUCUUGUUAGACACUGAAGAUGAAUACAACAGUAUACUUACACUAGUACCACCGAUCCAAGUUAAAUUACAAUUAGCUAACAAGACCGAUACGGAUAUGAUUUUGUUUGCCCCGUGGCCUAUAAGUUUCGUUGCAGAUAAAGUCUCACAGAUUCUUGGUAUUAGUAAGAUUCAAUUUCGAUUAACAUGUGGAGCGCAUCCUCUAGAAAAUCAAAACUUAGUCUCUGAUUACAGUCAUCUCAUCAGCAAUGGUUCCAUUAUAGUCGUCCAACGGGAAUAUGUACUAUCUUUACAAUCGACCAAUAAUAAGACCCACAUCCGAAUCACCGACCACAAUUCAGUUAGUACGAUAAAACGACUCAUUCAAGAAGGGCUACAGAUACCUGUAAAAUACCAAGUGUUGUUCAUGAAUAACGAAUUUCAAACAAACAAUCAAUUGACAUUCCCAAAUUUAAAAUCAAAUGCUGCAUAUACAGUCGAUGCUAGAGGUAGUACUACUCUAAUCUGCAUCGAACUUCCAAAUAAGACUCGUGAACCACUUUUGAUCGACGGGCAUUGUACAACUUCAAAUUUGAAGAAAGUGAUCGAACAGAAUUUCGGUUAUGCCAUACAAGCUCAACAAUUACGACUUCAAUGUGAUGCACAUAAGCGGAAUAGCAGCUGCUUGUCUACGAACAUCCUUCAGAAAACGUCACAACAUCUUUUCAAUGAACAUGAUGCACAAACGGUAAAUGAUCAGAUAGAAAUAGUUAAUGGAAGCAUCAUCCAAAUCUCCAUUAAUACACCAUAUUUAUUUUUGAGAAAUGUUUCAUCACCCAAUGAAAGAUAUCAUACUUCAAUUUCACCGUCGAUGUCUGUUCAAACAGUAAUGGAUACUUUGUCACAAAAACUCAAUGUUUUGCCUUAUCGUGUGAGACUAAACAUAUUGGUAUCACAUGUUGAACUUGCAGACAAAGGUCGUCUGUUAUCGACCUAUGAUCUGGAAGCGGGUCAAAUUAUUGAAUUUGCUAUUGGUCCACAAGUAAAACGCAAAACUCGUAUUAUUCUUCCCUCAGAAAAAGUAUUGGAGCUAGAUCUAGUCGUUGAAGAUCGCAUUAGUGGAUUGAAAAAACUAAUACAAACUCGUGAAGGUAUCGAACCACAGUGUCAAGUGAUUCUCAAAGAUGACAAUGAACUCCCUGAUAACGCAGUCAUUUUUGAUUGUCUUUUUGGCUGGAAUGGAUCUUUACGCGUCAAAAUCAUGCUAAGUGGUCCUCUUGCUCUCGACCCGGCGAUCCUGGCACCUAAGUUUGAUUAUGAUUUUACAAAUAUCGAUGAUAGUGGAAAAGUAUUCACUCGAGGUAAUUAUGUCUACGAAAGACCCUGCGGUUGCAAGAGGAUAGCUCUCAAUGUUGCUGGAAAAUAUGGCACUGACAAUAAAUGGCUUGGGAAGACGGGUACCAACCCCGAAGAAUGGCCAGUGUCUUACCACGGAACGGGUCAAAUAAAUGCAAUGAGUAUUGCUGACGAAGGUUUCAAACUUAGUAGAUGCGAUCGAUUCAAAUUUGGAAGGGGAAUCUAUUCAACACCUGANUUAUUUGAAAUUUAUAAAUAA